AUGUCUUCCUCGCCGCCAUCAUUACCUUCGUCGUUCGAUCCUGCGGUGGAGCUCCACACAGAGCCGAAUCUACCCGACCCUCAUCUGGCGGAAUCAGACUCCAAUCCGGAGGACUUGGAAGCCUUACACAUUCAAGAGGAGGAGCUCAAAAUCGCUAAAAGCAGUGCGGGAGUGGUUAUACAGCAUAGAUCUUGGGAGCUUCUGGGGACCUUGUGCAGCUCAGACGUCUACAAUCCAGAAACACCAUCGAAACCCACGACUACUCGGAGAUCGCUUCCUGCAGAUGAACAACGGCUGACUCUACCAGCACCAAUGCCUUUCUCCUCUUCGCCUGGUCUAUAUCCUCAGAGCUCCCCACCACUAGCUGCUGGCCAGAAAAGGAAGCUCUUUCAAUCAUGGGAGCCAGAAGAACCAAGGAAGAGAAAGACGCUGGGUGGAUUUCUUCUUGACGAAGGGGAUGAAGGGAGUGUAACAGUGGCAGACCCGAGAAAAGAAGAGGCUGCUACUUUGAACACAGAAACUGUUUCUGUAAGCCCGGCUGUUACAGUAUCCAAUCAAGACCUUGGAAAGGUGGCUAUACGGUCUCGAAGUCCCAGCCUACCUCCGCUGCCAGAAUCAGAUACGUGGAACCAGUUGACACACACUGUCCCAAUCCGAACAAGCUCAGGCAAACUACUCAAUGUUACGCUACGACCAAAGUCCAAGCAACUGUCAUACGAGCAAACGAUUGCCCAACGCUCCACAACAGCUCCAGGUCGAGCAAAGAAGUCCUAUUACGGUAUCGAUAUCCAUAGAUUGAUGAACGAGCACAAAAGUCGCGCGGACACCGAAACUGCGUGCCAGGAGGUGGACCAACGAGACUUGCCCUACGCGUCGAUAGAGCGUCCUGUCGGAGCUACAAGCCAUCACAAGCAAGGCGAAUACCAAAUGUGGACCGAGAAGUACCGUGCACGAAAAUUUACAGAUCUUAUUGGUGACGAGCGCACUCAUAGAUCAGUGCUCCGGUGGCUAAAGUCCUGGGAUCCUAUUGUCUUCCCUAGGAGCACAAAAUCCAUAGCGAAAAGGAAGCACCCGUUUGGUGUUUCCGAUCCUCGAAUACUAGAUGAAAAUGUUCAGCAUCGCAAGAUCUUACUGCUAACCGGACCACCGGGGCUGGGCAAGACUACGCUGGCCCACGUCUGCGCCAAGCACGCUGGCUACGAGACGCUGGAAAUCAAUGCGAGUGAUGAGAGGAGUCGAGACGUGGUCAAAGGCAGAAUAAGAGACGCCGUAGGAACAGAGACCGUCAAGGGGAUUGAUGUUGUGAAAGGCGACAAGAAGACCAGAAAAGCUGGGAGACCAGUUUGCGUCGUUGUAGACGAGGUAGACGGGGUUGUAGCUGGAGUGAGUGGUGGUGGAGGUGAAGGAGGGUUCAUGAAAGCGCUACUCGACUUGAUCCAAUUGGACCAGAGGAACACACAGUCUGCGGGCGACACGUCUUACGGACCCAAGAAAUCGAAGAAAGGCGAUAAAUUUCGACUUCUAAGGCCAGUCAUACUCAUUUGUAACGACCUCUACGUGCCAGCUCUCCGCCCUCUCCGGACAUCCUCCUGUGCAGAAAUCAUCCAUGUUCGAAAUACACCUGUCGAGAAGGCAGUUAACCGGCUCACGAGCAUAUUUGAGAGAGAAGGAAUAUCAAGCGAUGGAGACGCAAUCCGACGACUAUGUGAGGCCAGUUGGGGCACAGCAGGUCGUAAGCAAGGACAAAACAACAGUGGUGGCGUCGGCGAGGGCGACAUAAGGGGGGUAUUGGUGCAAUGCGAAUGGGUUGCACACAAGCUACGCUCAACGUCUAACCAUGCCAAAACACCACGUCUCACCAAAUCCUGGAUUGAGGAAAAUAUCCUCAACUCUGACUCCCAAUCGUCAUGUGGCCGCAGUCGCGGAGGCACCCGGGAGAUCCUCGAGCGAGUAUUCAUCGAAGGCGCCGGCCUCCCCAAUCUCCCUACCAAAUCAUCAGCCGAGGAUGCCAAAGUAUACGCCCAGUCAAACACAGCGCCCAUUGGGAUUUCAGAACUUCGCAAGCGCGCCGCAGUAGCUUCCAUCCGUGAAAUGGUCGACACGCUAGGCGACCAUGACCGACUCACAACCGACUGCUUCACAAUCUACCCAACCGAGUCCUACCAGGACGACCCCUACCUGACUAAACCAAUCGCAGCGUACGACUGGCUGCACUUCCACGACAUGCUCUCGAGCCGCGUCUUCAACGGUCAGGAAUGGGAGUUGGAUCCCUAUCUCAGCCAGAGCGUGUGUGCCUUUCACCACCUGUUCGCAGCUGUGAACAAUGAGAGACAACGUGGUUGGAACGCCGACCACAGCGCUUCAAUUGACAAAGACGCAGAAGAUCAAUCUCAUCCUUUUUCAGGCCCGAGAGCGGACUUUGCGGCGUACGAGGCUGAAAAGGCGAAUCGAGCUAUUAUCACAGAGUUUCAGUCCAGCUUCUCAGCUCCCCUGCUCAGGCUAUACAGAUCCACAGAUGCGAUUGCGGCGGAGUUGAUACCCAACGUGACGAGAAUGCUUGCGCCGGAGGUGAAGCCUGUGAUUGUGGGUGGGAGUGGCGGGCAGAGCAGCGUUGCCAGUGUAAGGAAGGAGAGCGAGAAGACGUGUGUCAAGAUCGCAAGUCGGGUGAUGAGUGGAUUGAACGUCGCGUUCGAAAGAGUUCGAAUCGAGGUCGAGGGUGGUGGGGCGCAUAGUCAUGCUGGGUUUGCGCUGAGAAUGGAACCACCCCUCGAUUCGCUAGCAAGGUUCGAGUCCACCAAAACCACAAGCAGCGGCGGUCCCCCUGCACCAGUCCGCUACGCUGUACGCCAGGUCCUGGACCAGGAACACCGCAGAGACAUUCAGCGGAUUCGCUCCGAGAACCGCUUCGCGCGUGCUACUGGCCAGAACAGACUUGACGCUCCACAUACAGGGGACGACGACGACAACAAAGAAAACGCAACUGACACCAGCGUCAAGAAAAACGUCACCGCAACAGCGGGCAAGCGGGACUUCUUCGGCAGGAUCAUCAACGAAGCGCGACCGGGUUCGGCUGGACGGGGAAUGGAGAGCGCGGCGAGUAAAGUUGUCGCGAAAGCGGAGGAGAGGGUGUGGGUUAGCUUUCAUGAAGGGUUUUCGAACGCGGUGAGGAAGCCGAUCACAUUGAGGGAGUUUUUGGAUAGUUUUUGA